AGAAAUUGUAGUGAUGAAGAGGAGAAUAUGAUAUAUUACCCCUUGCACGCCUGCAACCUGCCCUGCACCGAGCCAUCAUCGCCCCCUCGCACGCCCAGCCUUGCUCCUACACCUGCCCUGCACCGAGCCCAGACCCCUAGCCCUGUUACCUGCGCCCUUCUGCUACCGCGCCUGGCCUUGCUUCCUGCACCUGCCCUGCACCGAGCCUGGCCCCAGUCCCGCGUCUUCUGCACCAGAUCCCCUGCUGCCUGCGCCCCUCUGCUACCGCCCCUGGCCUCUCCGCGCCUGCUCUCUGCACCAAAUCGCCUGCACUCUGCGCGCCGAGAUCGCCUGCACUCUGCGCCCCCUGCACUGUGCCCCUGCACGCCGGAGCCAUCAUCAGUACUCCACGCCUCUGCCUCCCUGCACACCGCGCCUCACCCCCAAUCCCGCGCCCCUGCAAUCCUGCUUGCUACAGUCCCAUCAUUGCCUCACAUGCAGUAAAAAACAACAAUACCGGACAAAUCGGCAUCCUCAGAGGAAGUUUUUUUUUAUGUUAUUUUAUUUUAUUUUAUUGAAUUGUUUGGGUAUAUAUAGAAAAAAAUCAGAUUGGAAAAGGGGGGGUCUUUGGUUGAUUUUUGGAGUUCGGUUUUGAGGUUUUUGCUGGUUGAUCUUGGGUUCCUUUUGGAGCUGAAGGGGGGAUUUUGGAGUUCGGGGUUUUUGGCGAUUUUGGCUAGUUGAUUUUCGGGUUCUUUUUUUUGAGGUGAGGGGGUGCUUGAUUGAUUUUGGGUCUGAGUUUGGGGAUAUCGCCGGAAGCUGCAGUAAGAAUGGGGGUCUGUGGUUGAUUGAUUUUUGGAGUUUGAUUUUGGGGGGUAUUUGGUUGAUCUCGGAGAAAGAGGGGUUGUUUUGUUUCUGUGUUUUUGGUGUUUGUGUGUUGAGAACAUUGGUGAAAGGAAGAGCAUUCUGUUGGAGGCAUCAUCGGGUUACUGGUUGGAGAAAUUGCAGGAAAAGAAUGGUGAAGGUGACGAACGGAGCUUGAUCCCGUGGGCGGGGUUCCUCCGUUUGGAACCAGAUCUACUGUUUCGUUUCCUGGAAUUUUCGCUUUGGAUUCUAUUUCUGUUGAUGUCUCGUGUUAUUUUGUUGAUGAGUACUGAGAUUUACAUGUAAAAUGUUGAGAAGGAAUGACAGAUUUGUUAUAAUGCAAUGGGUAUUUACUGAAUUUGUAUUUAAAUGCAUGUUAUGCAAAAAAUUGUUUAAAUUCCA